AUGGCGACGUGUGGGGAGCCGAACUCGGCGAACACGAAAACGAAUCCACGCGGGAUUCCGUGUGCGACAUUUGUGGACGAUGUGGUGGCAGUGCUCGGGAGUCCAGACAAAGACGUGAUGCCCACGCUGCAUGGUUUCCAGGACGCAAUUUCCAAGUACAAGGCUAUGGAGAUGAACAUAACACAGCGCAGAAAAGGCCUUUUGCAAAAAAUUCCCGAUAUCAGCAAGACGCUCGAGAUGGUGCAGUACCUCAAGAAGCGCAAGGACGACUCGGAGGCGAUUGAUACCAUGUUUGAGCUAAACGAUACGCUGUAUGCGCGUGCAUCGAUCGAGCCCGUCUCGCGCGUGCACCUUUGGCUUGGUGCGAACGUCAUGCUUUCGUACACCCUCGAUGAAGCGAUUGACCUACUCACCGAGAAGCUGCAAGUGGCACGUAAGAAUUUGCAGAUGACGAGCGAGGAUCUUGGAUUUUUGCGCGAUCAGAUCACCACCAUGGAAGUGAACACCGCACGUGUUCACAAUUGGGACGUAAAACGCCGUCGCGAGCGAAAGCUCAGCGCGUAG